AUGUGGUGUCGUGCAAUACUCUCUAGAUUCGAUAGUGCCGUCAAUACCAAGUGUUCACCUUCGGAUACUCCAAUACGAUCGAAUGUAUAUCCAUUACCACCAAACUAUUCUUGCACCACACCAAAAUGCGAAUGCAUGACAGCGGCAGCUUUCUUUCUCUCCGACGCUGAGGAAAUCGAGUUCUAUUGUCGUUUGACUAAUUUCAAGCAUAUCGAAAAUGCAUUUUCAAGAUUCAGAGACUCGGUUCACUAUGAAAAGGUAGGAAUGAAAGCACCGUACAAUAUGAGAGUCACCAAAUUAAAGCCAGGCACAGCCUACUUGAAAUCCAACGUUCAAGUACUCAUCGACUCACUGAGGAGAUAUUCAAGGAACCAAGUUGCCCGAUCGAAGAGAUCAGGUUGUUUGGUAAGAUGUGGUGUCGCAAUACUUACUCCUUUCGAAAGUGCCACCAGUGUCAAGUAUUCAUCUGCGAAUGCCGCAACCGGAUCAUAUUCAUAUCCAAUAGAAACAGCCUUCCUUCGUGGUUUCUUUUAA